AUGUCAUCUUGUCGAUGUUGUCUAACACCACAUCCCUUAAGUCUUAUCGAACGUUUUAAUUUAUCAAUUCAAACAAUAAAAUUAAUACAUAGAAAUUGUUUUGUUUUUAAGAAUAUACUCUUAGAUGAAUAUGAACAUUUAGCAAGAUUAUCAACAAAUCUAAAUAAUUAUCUUAUGCAUUCUAGCACAAUAUCAAAUCGAAUAUAUUCAUGUUUAUCUCAACUUACAAGUCAAUUAAAUAAUCGUUUAGAAAAUAUAAUAAAAUUUUUAAAUAAAUUUAAAUGUUUAACAAUAAAAUGUUCCAUUUGGUUAAAGACUAAUUCAAUAAAAUCUAUUCAUUCUAAAUUAAAAUAUUAUAAAAAACAAUUUGAUUUAUUUAAUAAUUCUAUUGAACAACAACAUUCAUGCAUAAAUUCAUAUAAAAAUAAUUUAACAAAAAAAUUUCGAAAUAAUUUUUCAAUAUUUCAAACAAAUUAUCAACAACAAUGUUUACAAAUGGAUUCAAUUGAAUAUGAACAUAUGACAUUAUUUCUUGAAAGUAUUCAAUUAUUUUCAUCAAUUGUUUCUUUAGAAAAUAAUAAUAAGAUUAAUUCAACAAUAAAUAUUGAUCAAAAUAUCAAUGAAUGGAAAGAAAAAAAUAAAUAUCAUAUUACAUGGUUACCUGAUGAAUAUCAACAAAAUAAAAAUAUUCAUUUAUUAAAAUUAGAGACUGAUGAUAAACAUAUCGAACAAUCUUCAUCUGAUAUUGAAAUUAAAGCAAUAGAUAAUUGUUCAAAUCAUAGUCAAGAUAAAUAUGCAUAUGAAUCUAAUCUAAAUUGGUCAUUUACAAUAGCAAAAAAACAAGAAGAUUUAUCGGUAAAUUAA